GGCAUGUCCAUUUUGUGUGGGGGGUCAAUAUAACGGACCACAUUCAGAAUGUUCAAAAACAUGCCUGAUUUUGUUAGAGCUGUAGCUGCAGUGCUUGUUACGCACUGUUUACAUGUGUUGGGUUAUUGGGUAAGCUACCAGACGCCACACCACACUCAACAGCAGCCCAACUGUGCUAGAGUAUAUCAGUACUACGUAUGUAGCUAUGCCUGUGUACAGAGGGAGUGGCGUGUGCCCACUUGAGAGACUACGUCACUACCGAAACAAAGCAGCAAGGGACUGGUGCAUUUUGUUGCAAGGAGCAAGUGGGACUCUCCGGUACAUAUCAAAUGCGGGUUUUUUCUUACUGCUCCCUUGGCACUAUCGAAACUCGAUUCCCCGUAUUAUGAUUCUUCGACAUGUUAGCUAUAAAGCAGGGAAAAUAUUUCUCUGUUCCCAGUGACAUCAUGUGGUAGUAACGCAGAGUCGACCAGCGCCCAAUGAUUCUCCGAUACACUUUGCCCAAACCAACUCUUGUUAUUGAGCCCUGCCCUAUGCUCCAUCUCAUAGGCAUGACACUACGUCAUGCCGUGUUAUGCUGCACCUGUGUUUACUUGCCGGCCCCUCGGCGUCAACCAGCAGCUGGGAGGAUCCCAUAUUUUUCCAUGUAAAGUGGUACAAAGCUCGUGCAAUUCUUUCUCAUUGUUGUCACCUUGACUGCAGGACACUGCCAACCACAGUGGCUGUAUCACUAUAGUAAUAAUAUGUAAGGAAUCAUGGCAGUCCACCUAACAGUUCCUUUGAUCAGAGCUUCUCUCAAAGGAAAGCAGUUAGAUACCGACCUAUUGCUCAUGCAAGCAUCUCCAGGCAACUUCAACUAUCACCGUGCAUUCAUCUUUCCUGCUUCCCAAAUGAGCUCAGCCAUUGUGUGAACUCAGCAACUGGCAUGCAGAUCGAGUCAUAUGCAUCAUAUCUAAGUGACAGCUGCCUGUGUGUGACACAGAGAGACAUUCAGACGACACACACUGUCUGUAUAGGGCCAUGGAAAGUGUGUAGGAAACAUUUGUAGUCGGAAUAAACCAAUCAACCACAGCUUACUGAUCUGAGAUGAGAACGAGGAAGGAAUAGAUGGCCAUCUCCAUGACAUUGUUAUGAGUGAUACACCGAUAAGGUAAAAAUGUUAUUCCAGUAUUGAUGCCCAACAAAAAAAUGUAAUCUUUGUAGCCAGGGCUCAUUAUUGAAUACUUAGGAAGUGUCUAGUUUAACCAUACCGUGGUCACUUCCUACCCACAAGCAUGUUCAUAACUACUGUCCACCCACCUUCUGCAAAGUGUAUAUCAUCAUAGUAGUCGCUAUGCUUUUGUGCUUGUUUAUUACAUACUCCCUUAGGAAUCAACAUCUGCUGCCGCAAAAAUGCCAAAUAAGUCCUCACCGGACGUGGACUAUAAAAACGCACAAACGCACUGCACUUCAUUCAAACCCCCCUAGAGAAGAGACGCACACACGACCUCACCUGAAGAGAUAGCUAAAGCUCGGACCAGCUGAAGAUGUUCAAGAUACGGAUCUCUCCAGGACUGCUUUGCUGUCUGCUGUUCAGACUGGUGUGGGGACACAGCUGCCCAAACAGCUCCAUACCACAGUCAGAAGCCAGUAAUACGUCUGACCCACGAUGGAGAGUCCUCUCUGGACUUGAUGCAACUGCAAUAUACACCCUCUACUCACAAUACAGAGAAAUGGCUGAGCCCCCACUCGUCAACACCACAAACUACCAGGGAGCUGGAGAUGGCGCUAGUGCGGACGAGGACCUGGACUCAGUGAUAGACUCAGUGUGCAAACUGGUCUCCUUGUACGAGUUGGUCUCCAGCACCAACAGCGGGAACAACCUGCACAUCGUCCUCUCAGCUAAUUUGGAGGACUCCUGCAAUUGGCUGCACCACCUGAUCAGCAGUCGUCUGCACGUGUCAGCAAGCGCCGAGUACCAGGCCCUCUCUGCGUCCUGCAGUCCAGACGGCACUACUCGCCUCCACCACUACUGCCUGGAGCGGAAGAUCAGGACCGAAACACUGCGACUCCUCGUGCACCGGACGCUCUUGGAUUCGUUGCACACGUACUACGCGGAGCACCCGGUGCUAGCUACGCAACCCAGGGACUGGCUGCGCUCUACGUCGAUUCCUGCCGAACAACAGAGCCGCAUCUUGGACAUUAUUUAGCUAAUUUAAAAAUUCAAAUAUUCUGUUAUCAUGUCAGCUAUAUUAUCAUUGCCUCUGAGUCAUCAAAUUGGU